CCUCAGCUCCAUCCUCCCCCUCACGGCAAUCAGAGUCUCAGCAGCAGCAGCGUCCUCCACCCUCUCCAGGCAGCAGCAGCAGCAGCAUCACCAGCGCCGGCGGUAAGACACGGAGGAGACGCAUCCAAGUGAUGCCACUUCACCGACCUCUUCUCGCCACCGCGAAAACACGCCGAGAAUAAAGCUCUUCAUCUGAGAGGAGGGAGAAACACAUUCGCCUGGAGAUCUCCACUGCCCAUGAAGAUGUCUAACGACGACAUGGUCUUGAACUCCACCGAUCGGGUUGUAAAAUCCGUGCCCUUCCCCCUGAGUAACCGCCUCACCAUGAAAGAGGUGUUUGACUGUGAGGGGAAGCCAAGGGUGGAUCUACUGAAAGCCCACCUCACUAAGGAGGGCAGAGUGGAGGAGACUGUGGCCCUCCGAAUCAUCAACGAAGGGGCCUCCAUCUUACGCCAGGAGAAGACCAUGCUGGACAUAGAGGCACCUGUCACAGUGUGUGGUGACAUCCAUGGGCAGUUCUUUGACCUUAUGAAGCUGUUUGAGGUGGGAGGCUCUCCAGCCACAACACGAUACCUCUUCCUGGGCGACUACGUGGACCGGGGUUACUUCAGUAUUGAGUGUGUUCUGUACCUCUGGUCACUGAAAAUCCUCUACCCAAAGACGCUUUUUUUACUGAGAGGAAAUCAUGAAUGUAGACAUUUGACAGAAUAUUUCACCUUCAAACAAGAAUGUAAAAUCAAGUAUUCAGAGCAGGUUUAUGAUUCCUGUAUGGACGCUUUUGACUGUCUGCCCUUGGCAGCCCUCAUGAACCAACAGUUCCUGUGUGUCCACGGUGGCCUGUCCCCAGAAGUACAGACCUUAGACGACAUAAAGAAGUUGGACAGGUUCAAGGAGCCCCCAGCGUUCGGGCCUAUGUGUGAUUUGUUGUGGUCUGAUCCCCUGGAGGACUUUGGCAAUGAAAAGAGCCAGGAGUUCUUCAGCCACAACACAGUCAGAGGCUGCUCAUACUUCUACAGUUAUCCGGCUGUCUGUGAUUUCCUACAGAAUAAUAACCUGUUAUCAAUCAUUCGAGCACACGAAGCACAAGAUGCAGGGUACCGGAUGUACAGGAAGAGUCAGACCACUGGCUUCCCUUCUCUAAUUACCAUCUUCUCUGCACCAAACUACCUUGAUGUUUAUAAUAACAAAGCUGCCGUUCUCAAGUAUGAAAACAAUGUAAUGAACAUCCGGCAGUUCAACUGCUCCCCUCACCCUUACUGGCUGCCAAAUUUCAUGGACGUCUUCACCUGGUCACUGCCGUUUGUGGGGGAGAAGGUCACAGAGAUGCUGGUAAAUGUGUUGAGCAUCUGCUCUGACGAUGAGCUGAUGAAUGACGGAGACGAGAUCUUUGACGCCAAUGCAGCAGCUGCUCGGAAAGAGGUGAUUAGGAACAAGAUUCGUGCCAUUGGGAAGAUGGCCAAGAUGUUCUCCGUGCUCAGAGAGGAGAGUGAGAAUGUGUUGACACUAAAAGGCCUGACCCCCACCGGUAUGCUACCCAGUGGGGUGCUGUCUGGAGGCAAGCAGACUCUACAGAGUGCAACCAUCGAAGCCAUUGAAGCCAUCGAGACAGAAGAGGACACAGAAGCCAUCCGCGGCUUCUCUCCACAGCACAAGAUCACCAGCUUUGAAGAGGCUAAAGGUCUGGACCGCAUUAAUGAGCGCAUGCCACCCCGCAAGGAUGGGGUCAACCACGUGGGCCACUCCAUGGGCAAGAUGAACAUGUCAGAAACCAAUGGCACCGAUGACAACAGUAAUAUCCAGUGAUGAAAUGGCUGCCCAACCAUGAAGUGUGGCAGGACAAUGCCAAACCUGUGAUUUAAGGCCUCCUACUUCCAACAAACACCCAAUGACAUAACACCACCUACACAUCCCUCCCUGCUCCAGUGUCCAGUUAGAGAGACAAACUAUCCAACUUCAAAUCUUUCACUGAAAUAUGUGGGAGGCAGACAGUUUUCUUGCAAUCAGUUUGCCGACUAAAAGUUUACAGUUUAAGCGGAUACCUUGCUGAUUUGGGAAAUCCCUGCCUUUUUUUGGAAGUGUUGAAUAGUAAAGGAGGGGGUGGGGGGUGAUAUGCCUCUGAAGGGCUGAAUGUGUCUUUAUCAGAGAGGGGGCGGUCUCAAGGGCAAAAUCUGUCAGUUCCUUUCUUACUCCGCCCACAGGCUAAUUGGGCAGGGUUUAGGAACUCUCUCUUAAAGCCUGAUCCAUCUAGUUCAUCAGUGCGGGUGACGAGCCAGUACCAAUUCCACGCACACUUUUUCCUAUUUUGAUUAAUAGUUUUUCUUCAUGAUUCCAUCUCAUAAUGAAAUGAUCUCUCUGUUCGAAAUGUUUUGCUACUAGUAUUAAUAAAUAUUACAUUUGAAACAACAAAAAAGAAAACUGUUUGUAAGAAAGGACAUUUAACAAAAAAUAUGUACAUUUUAUUACUUACAAUGCAAUCUUGCCUUGGGGUUUUUAUUUAUUGAUUUUGUUUUUGGUAAGAUGCCAUGAAGUGGUUAAGGACAGAGCAAAGUGGUGUUGUUUUUUUAAACGUAGACUCUUGAUCAAACCAAGCGUCUGGAUGGGGAGGAAUUAUGUCGUUGGAGCUCGAGUUCGACUUUUGGCGCCACCUUCCUAAUUGUUUCUCACCUGCCUGUAACUCAAGAGAGAGAAUGCACAUAGUUCAUUUCGCAAGUCAAUUUAAUAUUAUAUAUAUAUAUAUACACAAUUAUAAAUAUAUUUAAAUAUAUGAUUAUUAAUGAUCGAGGACAAUGAUUUUUAACAGCAUCUAUGGUACUGAACGCAUCAGUGCAUGCAAUUAAGUUCCUUAUUGAUGUGUGAAAUUAUGAUUGUGAUGUGUUUUAAUAUAGUACACUUGAAUUAUUUCCCUCUUCAAAUUAUAUUUGUUAAGGUCUAGUUUGUUUUUAUAUCUCUAUAAACAUGUGUUAUUUUGUAAUCUAUUAUUUAAUUAUUUCUUUUUUCAUUUAUAUAAUUUAUUAUUGUUGAUUUUAUUUUUUUAUCGUUUCGCUGUACAGGCACUGAUGCUCAUUCUGAUGUGGUUUUUCUCUCUCUCUCUCUCUCUCUCUCUCUCUCUCUCUCUCUCUCUCUCUCUCUCUCUCUCUCUCUCUCUCUGUUCAGUUGGUGUACAGAAGUUGUUCAGUAGUGUGAAUGAACUUAUUACUCAGUGAAAAGCAACAUUCAGGCUGCCAAAGCAUGAUCGCAUGGUUUAUUCACAUGUAAACAAAAUGGAAACGAGGACAAUUUAGUGUCUCACUUUGAAGAGGAUAUCUAUAUUAUCAUUAUGUUUCUUGACGAUAUUCUUAUUAUUCUUACAAUUAAUUAAGCUUACAGUCUUUUAGUUUACACUGUUUUCUGAUCCAUGUUUGGUCCAAAUGUGGUUUAUUUCAAAGAAGGAAUUUUAUGGAUUUGUGACUAUUUUUCUUGUCAUUUUCGCAUUUGACUUCCUAAAUGAAAACACACAUUGUAAGCAUGCCCUAUGGGACAAAUCAAUUUUUUUACUCUUGAAUAAAAUAUGCAUGAAAUAGUAA